AUGCUUCUUGCAAAAAAAGGCAUAAAACAGAGAAAAAAAGAGAAAAAAGAACGUAAAAAGACAUUAGAAAAGUGGCUGUUUUUGUUUGAAAAAAAACGGGGCGGAGAACCGAGCAAGUAUGCAGAAAAAACAGCGCCACAGGCUUAUUUAUAUAGGAAACGUAAACGUAUAGCUGCAGGAGUGUCCAAAGCUGCAAGUGGAGCGGUUUCUGGGGAAAAAAUAGGGCCAGAUAUAGCAUCUGUUGAAGUACCAGCAGUUUCAGAGUUGCCGCUGAAAACUCCAACAGAACAGAGGUUUGAGGAAAUAUGGAGAAAGCGUAUGGAUGAACGGGUUCAAAAAACAGCAGCAAAAAGUCAUCGAGAACGGGUAGCCGAAUUUAAUAAAAAACUGAGUGAAUUGUCAGAACACAAUGAUAUUCCAAAGGUCGGCCCAGGAUAA